CUUAUUGACAUGAAAAAUGCAUAGUGACUGAAAUAAAAGAAUGCUAAAUAUAGCCCUUUGUGUCUUGAUGUUCCACCUCAUCCUUGGAUAUCUCAAAACGUUUUUCAAUUGCUUGUGUGGUUGGGAGAGAGAGGAAGUAGAACGUAAAAGAAGGAAGACACGAAAACAACACAAAAGGAUCUGGUUGGUUUGCUUUUUAAAUGCUAAAUGACAGAGGCAUACGGAGUUCGUCUAAAAGCAAUAAACGCAAGAAAUUAGACAAGCAUAUGAAGAAAAACAAAAAGAGACAUGUGAUCAACAACAUUAGUAACGUGAAUCUAGUGGGAAACAAGAUGGACGAGAAGAGAUCAAGCGGGAGUACUGAACAACGCGGGCAGGAGAGUUUUGGAGUGUUUGAGUUCCCGUGGAUGAAAGAGAGCAUGAUUUCAACCUCCCUUGAUUGGAGUCUACCAGGAUCUCUUUUUCCUGUCAUGGAUGAUGGAAAUGAAAUGUUUGAAGAGAUUAGUGAAGUGAGAUGGCCAGUUAAAACGGUUAGUAGUGAUAGGUUGGAGUUUGAUGCCAUUGAAUGCAUUUGGACUUCUAUUUCGGAUUAGAUUGGAAAAUUUGUUAGCGUUGUAUUGAGAAUCUGAAACUGAGUCUAGGAGGAAACAAAGAACUCGAAGGAAACUUUUUUCGUUUUUUUUUCGUCUUUUGUUCUUUAUGUGUUUGUUGAGAUGUAAAAGAUAGUAGAAGGGAACGAAUACGAUUUGGUGAUUUAGAUAGAAAUAAGUGGAUACAUAUCUUUCGGCAAAGAUAAAAAAAACAGCAGUUUUCUUGAAUUUUUCAUUAUUACUACACUCGUGGAUGAAAACCUUCAUGUCCGAUUAGUUUCCUAAAUGGUCAAUUACUGACCUCUCUUGGAU